UUUGAAGAAACAAUCGCAACUGACAAAAGCAGCCGACGGUUUCCAACGCACAACAACGCCUCUCGCUACCAGCUGAACCUUUGCACCGUGAACGCUUGUCUAUUUGUGGUUGAAUUAUAUUUUCUAUUCAUUUUACACACCGGCGUUGCGCACCAGCAAUAUAUACCCACAGCACGCCGCAUGAACAAGUAACAAAAGCUGUUGUGUAUAUUACACGCAAACCCAUGCCGUCAUGUCUUCCGGCACAGCGUUCAAAGAACAGAUCAAGAAAGUACGCCGGGAGGUACAGCUUUCGUGCGAUUCGAAAUCAUUGCUGCGGGCAUUGAAGGACACUCAGCGCUGUUUGGAGGGAUUGGCGGGCGAACCCAACUACAAGCUCUGUGUGGCCCACCUCGUAAAGGAACUAGUCGAUUGGGUUGGGCUUAAGGAAGACCGGGACUGGGAGACGGCCGCCGGCAAGGCUUGCCGGUCGUUGUUCGAGGAGUUUCUGCACGCUUGCCACGAUGCGGAGAAAACGACACGGUGUUUCCUGGUGGCCCGACUGUACAAUACGUUCGUGGCGCUCAACCGGAAAGAUUGCUGCCGGUGGACGAAGCUACACAUCGCUCGGCUAAUGAGCUUGUUUACGAUCGAGGAUGAGCAGGCGGAUCUGUACGCACGGGUCAAGCGGGCCGUGCUUAAGACGGUACACGAGAUGGCAAAAAGCGCCACCGUGGAAGAGAUAGAAGACGGGGCGGAUUUGUUGAUAGAAAUGCAGCGCAAACUGUUGGUACACGAGGCGGGUAAGCCACGAACAGCCGAUGGCAUCCGUCAGCCGGCCUUGGACCUUUUCCGGGAAGUGUUCGACAACGGGAUGGCCAUACUCUGCCGAUUGCAUUCCGUCAGUCAGGCAAAAGCGAAACUGCUGUACCAAACCAUUAUGGACACGAUGCUGAAGAUCGUUAAGCCGGACGAGCAAGAGCUGAUCAGCUUGCUAGGGGAUGCCGUUGGUUAUCUGGAGACCAUUCUAGCGUACGCAGUGGCAGACAAUGCGAACUACUGUCAGUUUGCCGGAUUCCUCGCCAUAUUCGAAGCCAUUCGUAGCGAACCGUAUGCCAACUGUUACAAGCUGAUACGACUGUCGGUGAAGCUCGUCAAACGAGAGCAACCUACGGCACGACAGUUUGAGGAAAUUGCCGCGACUGUUCGCGCACUGCACGCGACGUUUCCCUCGCACCAGCUAGUGGUACGGGUAGCCAUAUUCCUCACCUGUCAGUCCAUUCCCCAUUUGUGCCGGUUGCCGCAGGAGCUAGCGCUGGGCGUGUCACAGGCAGUAAUAGGCUUGUUUGAAGCACUGAUGCACUUCGUGCGGCACUGUCCAUCGGACACGGUGCCCGAGAUUUGUCGCGCGUGCACAAGCUCCCGGCGCCACCUGGCCGACAAGCUGCUGAGCAUGCUGAUGCAUUUUAACAUCGUGCAGGCAAGGGAUGCGGCCGAUCAAAAGCUUUACGAAGGCAAGCUGUCCUACUCGGUGAGUCGCGGGUGCGAGCUGAUCAAGCGUAAGCUAACCCUGCUCGAAGAGCUUAGCUGCGAGCGAAAGCGAUCCCUGAUCGAGAGUUCGAUGCGUUACAGCGUCUCCUGGCUGAAGUACGUCAUAACGCUCCAGUGCAAACAGGAGGCGCAAGUCGCCGAGGAGAUGGAAGAAAUUGUGCAAAUGCUGAAGCUAAUCAUAGGCGUGCAGAAUCGCUACAGGUUUGAGUUUCUGUCCGAUAUGCAUCUGGUGCGACUGCUGGAUAAUUGCUACACCGACCAAGCUGGUUCGUAUGCGUCCGCAUCCUGCUGGUCGAACGUAAGCGUUCGUUUGCUUCGGCUGCUGCUAACGCUACGUGACUCAUCGGCUGCGGCCGCUUCGAGCGAAGAGCACACAGCAUCAGUCAGUGCGAUCGUACGAUCGAUUAUGUGCUACCAGGUCAACGCACCGGAGACGGAUCCGAUACGCUCGCUUACCGUUUUGCAGCUGUACGAGCAUCCGUCGUUCGAUCGGUUCGGAUUCGCGUUCGACUGUGUGCCGACGAGAGCGGAACAGUUCACCAUACUGGCGGAGGAAAUGGCACUGGUGUCUAAGUACAAAACGUCCAACUCGCUGCCGGUCUGGGAGUACAUGGAGCAGCUGGCCCAGGUGGGCGAUAUUCGCGAACACUGUCUUACGUUCGGGAUGGCGCUGCACGGUUUUAGCGAGAAUGAUGCCGGAAAGCUACCGGAGUCGAUGAUGGAUACGCUGCUCGAUGCGUUGAAGCAGUACCGGCCGGCAAACGCACUCGAACGCGUGAAACGGUGCGCCUCCCUGGCCAUCGUAUCCUACCACACGUUCACCUUGGCCGGCCGGUCGACGUUGAACCGGUGGCGAGAUAUCCCGUUCAAGGUGGAGCAACUGCGCAACGGUCAAAUUGACGAGAUCCUGCUGGAGAAUCAGCUCGAUCGCGAGGCACAGCUAGUGGGACGGCUAGAAGGGAUACGGAAGCACUACGGUGAGCUGAUGGCAGCCCUGGAGGCGGACAACUUUCAAUCCCUGUGGGUACUGCCGUCGAUAGCGCAGAUUUCCAGCAUACUGGACAAUACGGCCCGCUUGUACCAUCUCAACUAUCAUCCCCAUCGGGCGGUAGAGUUGCAGCUGCUGAAUUUGCUGCUUGUCUCACAGCGACGCGAUGUGCGGCCGCUUGAUCAGUGCGCUUCGUUGGCAUUUCUGCUGGAACAGCACCAGCUGGCGGACGUACAGCUCAAGGAGAGGAAGCGAAACAACCCAAACGCCGUUCAAAAGCAUGCCGGAGGCUCGCUGGAGUUGUUGGAGCACCUGGCAAAGCGGGCCACAAGCUUGCUGCAUCCUCCGGGUAGCAUCGACGAUGUUCCGGCCAACCGUAAAUUUCAGCUGUUAAAUCUCUAUCUUGCGCUCGCGGUAUACCUCGCUUCCGUGGGCGAACUGGCACCGGCUCUCCGGCUCAUACAGCGUGCUCUAGAUCAUGUAAAUCGGUCAACCAAUGUCGAAACGAUCGCCCAACUCUUCCAGGGACGGACGGCGCAGAUUCUCUUCCGGCUGACGGUUUUGCAUGGACUGCCAUGGCCCGAAUCCGUACCACCGCUCGCGUUCAUGAAGCGCAUGCUGGCCAGCUUUAACGAUCUGCAGAAACUUCCUUCCGAGCACACGUUUACGCUUUCGCUGGCCACGGUCGAGAUGACGAUCGAGGUGCUGCAGCAUCUGAUCGUGCGGUACGAUACGGGACCGCUGAUCGAGCCGCACGUGGAGCAGCUGCUAAAGUUCGUGAUGCGCAGGGGAGCCGGGUUGCGCGUGAUGCAAUUGCUGCUGCUGUACGGGCAGAUGUGUGCCGAUAUGCAGAAGCUGGAUCGAUGCGAGGUCAUUCUGGGUUACCUUGACCGUUUGUUGAUGUUGCGCCCGGUUCUAUCCGCGGAAAACAGGGAAAAGGGCAUGUUGAUGGACCCUGUAACGCUGGCAGGCGAAGGUGGGCACCACAAAGCCAUCAACAGUGCGCCACUCGGCACGCAAAGCGUCGUUCAGGAUUUGGUGGACGUGGAGCGAGAAGCGGCACCAAAAAAUAGAAUCAUUCCCAAAAUCGCUGCAUUGGGUGAAGCUAUCGGGAACGAAACAGUUGUUGAACAAUAUCUUAUGUUCCAUCACGCGCCUGGUUGCGAUUGCCGCUAUUGUAGCUAUCCACAGUACAAAUCGAUGGCGUUUCAAACGGCCGCCCUCGCGGUGAGACUCGCCGUCCUGCAGCGCACCCAACCGACCUACUACAUCGAACGUUCCUACGCUACGCUGUGCGAGCAUUGGCGUACGCAAAUGCAUCCAAACUCUGUCUGCCACUGGAACGUCCCGGCCUACCGCACGGAUCUGACUGGGGCCAUGAUACGGACGCUUCUGCACAGGGGACAGUUUUUGGUCCGACAGGAGCAUUACGAGGCAGCCCGGGAAGCGUAUCGGUUGGCCUCCGAACUUACCGUACCGGGCACCGAUCCGGCACUGUCUGCCGAUGUACGGUACAACAUAAAUGCGCUAGAAAUGCUGAUGCAUCGUCCCGUUCGUACAAAGCGAAGCCGUUCGAUGAUUGAAGCACGCUAUACGGAAUUGCUUGCCAGGUUGGGUAAGGCGAGUAGCGGUAGCAGCUCCCCGGACAUGGCCUUGCUGACCACAAACCUGAGCAACUUGAUGGUUAAAACUCCCAAAACGGAUUCGAUCCCGUAUGGUGGGCGCACGGCAGCGGCCCGAGCGCCGCCCAAAACGGUUGAUCGUGUGAAUGAGCUGAUACGGCAGGCUGCCUCACGACGCCAUCAGCUGAAAACAUCCGGCACUGCGGAUGCGCUGCUCGUACCGGAUGGGACCAUUCCGAGUCGGACGUACUCUGCGUCGGCACGUAAACCUAAGACGGUGAGCAUUUUCGUCGAUUCUCCGCCGAAUCGGCCCGCGAGGGCUAAUGCGGUCCCAACGACGGUUGGAAAAGCGAUAAAACCUACAAGUACGAAGCUUAAAUCGAAGGCAUUGGACCCCGAACUGGCGGAUCCGAUGGAAGAAGUGUGCGAGAGUAGCAAAAAUACAAAGUUACCGGAAAGUGGUCGGCGGGGAGAAAAACGUGAAAUGGCCAAUCUACCACGGCCCGAAACUGAUCCAGUGACACCGAAACGGGCAACGGAUUCGUAUAAGGAUGCUUUGCUGAUCGGAACUCCUGCCAGCACGCUUCCAACAACUCGCCCUAAUAACACCGGCAAUAAAACGACCGGCCGUAAGGUACGCCGCUUGGUGGUGGAAGAUUUUCCUAGCCUAAGCGAAUCGAGUGACACCGACGCGUCUACGAAAACGCCCCGUGCGACAACACACAACCCCACCACCGACAGUCCGGCACUGAAUGGAUCGUUUCGCGAUGUGCUGGUGCUCGGCGAUGCAGCGAAAAAGAACGACAACAGCGUAGUGAUCGUGCUGGACGAUUCGGCGAACGAUAGCGGCCGCCAGUCGGACGAGGCAAUCGAAACCAGCUUCGAUCACAGCCACGCCGUAUCGGCAGACAAGCGAACGGGGCUUUCGCUCAAAACCUAUUCCGAUCGGAAGCGCUUGCUCGGCAGUGGUGGUGGGCCGUUGUCCGCAUCUUCCUCGUCGGCUGCCCGGUUGGCGGCCGCCAAGCGAAGAACGCCAUUGCUGGCAACGAAAACCAAACUACGAUUUGAUGAUCCCAGCCCGGAGCAGAUCGUUUGUAGCGGUGGUAAUGACAGCGUGAAGAAGCUACACAGGGCAGAGACCACCGUAGUAGUAGUUAGUGAGCUUGAUGGUAAAAAGCAAAUAAUAACAAAUAAUAACGUUGUAAAGGAUACAGCUUUGGACGAAAAAUCAAACGGACGUUCGCGGACGAAAAAAGUCAUGGAUCCACCAGUUCCAACCAGUAUCGAACCGGCAAAGGUGGAACCGCGCAUGAGCACUAUCGCUUCGCGCACCAGACUGCGUCGCAAGCGGAUCUGAGAGUGAUGAGGAAGAUU